AUGAGUUAUUACAACAAAACAAAAAGAAAAUGCAAAGUAAAUUUUGUAGACAUCGAAUUGGAAGCUUUCAUAUUUGGAUGCUUCCUUUAUACAUGGAAUAAAAUAUAUACAGAUGAUGUUAACAAAAAAAAAAACAACCAUAAUAAUAGUAGUAAUAAUAAGGGGAAAAUUAGUAAGAAUAAUAAUUUGUCACAUUUCAAAAAAAACGAAAUUCGAAAAUGGAAUUAUCUUAACAAAGAUACAGAAAAUAGCUUAAUACCUUCUACUAAUGAUAUUAACAAUAAUGUUGUUAAUAGAAAAAAUAAAAAAGUUUACACAAACAAAUGUAAUAGCAAAACAACAGAAACAUGUGAAAAAAAUCUCAACCAUGAUGAAAAUAAUUAUUCUGAAAAUGUUUCAAAUGAAUUUGAAUGUAAAUUAAAUGAAGAAUUUCAAGUGAAAAAUAAAAUAAAUAUUAUAGAAUUGAAUAAAAAAUUAUUAUAUUUUGUAAAAUCUAAUUUUUGUUUAAAAACUAAAGAUUUUAAUAUUUUUCAUGAUUUGUAUUCUUUUUACACACAUAUACAAGAAAAAAAAAAAGGGGAAGAAAUAAAAUUGCAAAAUAAUUUUUUUCCUUCACAUCUUCAUUAUCACAUUAAAAGUUCUAAUAAUGACAGUUGUAAUAAUACUAAUUUUAAAGAAGUUGAACAAACCCGAAAUACCUCAAUAUUUAAUUUUUUUAAACAAAUUCCAACACACAACCAUCAAAAUGUUAGGAAAUUAAAUACAUCAGUAAAUCAAACUAAUAUAAAAAAAAAACAAACAAAGACAAACAAUUAUCUACAUCGAUAUAUCAAUAAAAAUUGCAAUCUUUGUGAUAUUUUGAUAAACAAGGGAAAAAAUUCAAAAUACAAAAAGUUUAUUCAUAUUUGCACAAAAAAGGUUUAUGGAAAUAAAAAAUUUGACAUGAUAAAUAAAUGUAUUAUAAAUAUAAAAACAUUUGAUGAUAGUUUUAUUCAUUCAAUUACUAUAGAACGACUAUUUAGCUAUAUAUGUAAAGAGAAUGAUAAAAAUUUAUAUUUUUUCUGGUUUAAAUUUCUAAAUGUCUUAUUUAAUGUUACUAUAAACAAACAACUUAUGAUUAAAAUAUUUUUUUUUGUGUGUAUAAAAAAUUUAUUAAUAUCUUCUUAUUUUAAUUCAGAAGAUGAUAUAGCAAAUCAAGAAUUUCCUAGUAAAAAUAUUUUAUGUAAAAUAGAUAAACAAAAAAAUACAUUUUUGACAGAAUUUGUAAAAAUAAAUAAAUGUGGAAAUAUUACAAAUAUAAUAUUAAAUAAUAAUUAUAUAUUAUUACAAAACUUGUUUGAUUAUUUUUACAUAAUAUGUUCAACAAGAAAUAUGAAAUUUUAUGAUAACUUUUUUUUAAACGUUCAAAUGAUCAAUUUUAUUUAUUUAAUUCAAAUUAACUUUUUUCAUUAUUAUUAUGUAAAGUUAUAUCACAAAGUUGUCAAAUUUCACAAGAGUAAAUCUACAAGUAGCAACACUAGUAAUUUAUGUACCUUCAUACAAAAGGGAAUAAAAAAAAAUACUAUUAUUCAUGCAAAAGACGAAAAUAUAAAUGGAACAUAUUUUAAGAAGAAAACAAAUAUAUUCAAGCCUUUUUGGAAAACAAGCGAUAAAAAUGAAAAUACAAAAGAGAAUUUAAAAGUCAAACAAAAUAUAGACAAAGUUGAAAAUGCGGAAAUUUCCAUUGAUCAUCAUGAAAAAGAAGAUACAUAUAAAUUUGUGGUAAUAGGAAAACAUUAUAAUAUUAACAAAAAAUAUUAUAAAAAUCUCAAUUUAACUUUUUAUAAUUAUAAUAAAACAAAUAAUAUAUCAUCAAAUUGUUUUGAAAUUAUAUCUGAUAGAGUUAUAAAAAAUAAUUUAUUACCCAAUACAAACGAGACAAAAAAAUUAAUUGAAAAAAAAUUAAUAAAAAAUCAUAAAAUAUAUUUUAAAAGAUUGUACACAUUUUUAAAUAAAUAUAUUAAAACAAAUCAAUUAAAAAAACAUAGUAAUAUAUUUUCCUUUAUGUUUGAUGCAUUACCUUGUUCAAAUUUAAAAAAUUGCAUCAACACUAUUUUAGAGCCUUAUAUAUUUCAUAUUUUAAGAAAAUAUACAUUUAUAGAAAUAUAUAAUUUUAUUGAAAGCUUAAAAAAUUUAUAUAAUUUAAAAAAAAACAGACGAAAAAGAACAAAUUUAAGACUUGACGAAAAUGAUCCAACUUUAAAAUUCUUAAAUGAUAUACAAGGAUUGAAUUAUCUUUACAAUGAUUUAAAAAAUGAUUAUUUAACAUUAACUCAAAAUUUAUAUAUAAAAACAAAAGGAGAAAAUUUAAAAAAUAAAAAAAUUAUAUUAUAUAAAAAAUAUAAAACACAAAGAUAUAAUAAAAGUGUUAUACAAAAUCUAAUAUAUAAUAAAAAGACAGAUAUAUAUAAAAAUGUAGCAAUAUAUAAAUUUUCAACUAAAGAUUUUAAUUUACAACAUAAUUUAUUUAAUAUAUAUAUAGAAUGUAAUUUAUUAAAUAAAGCAUAUAAAUUAGUUAUUAUAGAUUUUGAUUUUUCUUUUUCCUUAACAUCAGAAAUAAUUUUUUUAUAUAAAAUGUAUUUGAUAGAAUUAAAAAAAAAUAACAUAUUAAGAUCAUUUGAAAUUUUAAAUAUGACAUUUUAUAAAUGUUUUAUUCUGUUAAAAAAAUAUUUAUGUAAUCCUACGUCUUUUAAAUUGUUAUCUCUUGUAAGCAUACAACUUUGUCAUAUGCUUUAUAAUUAUCCAUUUUUAUUAAAAUAUUUGUCUUUUUUUCCAAGUAGUAAAAUAGAAUUUAUUACAAAAUAUAUUAUAAUGAAUGAUAAUGUUAAAGUUAGUGGAUAUUCAAAUAAUCAUGAAAUGAAAAAUUAUUUUUCAUCUUUUCUUUUUUUUUCUUCUAUACAUAAUAUAUCUAAUAGAAAAACAAAUGAUACCACUUCAACUUGUAUAAAUGUUGAAAACAAUUAUGAAGAUAUUAGUAAUAAUAAUAAUAAUAAUAAUAAAUUUAAUAAAGGAAAACAAAAUGAUCGAAGAAAUAAUAUCAAUAUGGAAUUCAAAAAAAAAAAUAACCCCCCCUUUGAUUCUCUCAAUUUUACUAGACUCACAAAAAUUAAUCAUGAUAAUAAUAUUGGAAAAACAAAUCAAAAUAUUGCAAAAGAUAUUAUUAAUGUUUAUCAAAACAGUGACUAUUCUAUUAGCCCAUUCAAUAAUAUAAAUGAUUUAAAGUACGGAAUUAAAAUUGAGGAUUAUGAUAAUAAAAUAAAGAAUACGACCAAACUUAUCGACGCAAAUAAUUCUUUUUUAUUUUCUACAGAACUAUUAAAACAAAAUGAAAAAAUACACUUCGAUAAUGAUAAUAAUAAUAAUAAUAUUGCCAAUACUGCAAUUAGCCAAAAAAAUAAUAUGACACAUCGUGGAAAUGACGAGAGGAUCUUAAAUACGAAAAGAGUCUCUAUACAUAACAAUAAAACGGUAAAUAAUGUAAAUAGUAUAAACAGUAUAAAUGACAAUAAUAAUAAUGAUAAUACCUUUUUAAUCAAUGAAGAUAUAGACAAUUAUGAUUUUUUAAAUAUCCACGAGCAAUUAUAUGUAAAUAAAAUUAUAAAAGGGUUUAAUUUUAUUCUUAAUCUUUUAGAAAUAACAUUAAAUAAUAAUGAUAAUUAUCAUUUAAAUUAUAAUAAUAAAAAUUUAAACAUAUUUGAUCAGAAUCCAUUUAGCAAAGAAGAUAUAACAAAUGACAACAAUUAUAUUGAAAAUAUGUGUAAUAUAAAUAAUUUUAUAAAAAAAAUAAUAAAUAAAAUAGAAUCAUUUCUUAGUACAAAUUUAAAAAGAAAAAAUUUACAAAAUCAUAUAAAAAAUUUAGAUAAAGAAAAAUUUCGAAAUCUUUUAUACGAUUCUAAAAUGAUGAGAUCAAUCAAAUCGUUUUAUGAAGAUUCGUAUUUUUUUUGUUUGGAAUUUUUAUUUUUAGCAUAUAUUUGUUCAAAUUAUUUUUCAGAUCAUAUCUCAAAAAAUUACAAUUUAUUUUUAAAAAGAUUUAAUUUUAACGAUGUUUGGCUUAGUAACCAUCAAAUAAAAGUUAAAAUAUUACUGUCUUUAAUUUAUAUGUUUUUAUAUGAAAUUAAUUUAAUAGACCUACGAGAAUUUUUUAUUCAAAUUUUAAAAAUCAUAUUAUAUAAAUUUUAUAAUUAUUUAGAUUAUAAUGACUUAGAAAUAUAUCAAUACAUAUUUUUAAAUAUAUCAAAUGAUGCCUUAUUUUCUUACUACACAAUCACUGAUAACAUUAUAGACACUUUAAAUCUUGACGCUUCUAAAACAUAUAAAGAAUUUUUCUAUAUUUUUAAUUUAUCAAAAAAUAAGCAAUUUAUUUAUCAGUAUAUAAAUUGGGGAAAACGGAACAGCCAAAGUGAUCACAUCAAUAAUGAUAAUGAUAAUAAUAAUAAUGAUAAUAAUAAAAAACAUUUUAUCAAUAACCUUUUCAAUUUUAUUAUACACAAAAUGAAUUCAUCUCAUAACAUCAUUUCGAACGCUAUAAUGAAUAAACCCGAAUUAACUCAAAUAUCUUCUUUUAAUAAUACCUUUAUAUAUUCUAAAAAUCAAUGUUCUGAUAAUUUAGAUAGCAAAAUGGAACAGAAAAAAACAAAGGAAAUAAACUCAUUCCAAUCUCAACAAUAUAACGAACUAUGUAACAUUUCAAAUAUCAACAAUUAUAAUAAGACGACUUUUUUUGAUACAAUAAACAUAGAAAAACACAAUUUAAGGAAUGGAAAUGUUAGCAAUAAUAUAGAUAACGAUAUAAAUGAAAAUAUUAGCAAUAAUGUAGAUAACAAUAUACAUGAAAAUACACACACAAUUGUUUCAAAAAUAUGUGAAAAAAAAAAAAAAAAAAAAAAAUACCCCAAUAUAAAUGACAAAAUGUGUAGAAAUAAUAAUUCCAAUUAUAUCUCUUACAGUUUUGAUAAUUUUUUAAGUGAAAAAGGUUUAGAAAAAAACGAUUUUUCAUUUUUCAAAAAAAAACAACAUAGUGCUGGAAAUGGUUUUUUUGAAAAAGUCCUAACUUACAUAAAUAAUAAAAAGUCAAAUAUAAAAAUUUGUAACAAAAAUGAAAAAUGUAACAUAUUUUCUAUUAAAUAUAGAGAUAAUGAAAAAAAAAAUAUAAAUAAUGAUAAUAACAAUUUUGUUUAUUCCUCAAAAAAUGAAAAUGAGACAUAUUCAAAUAAAGAAAAUAAUAUAGAAAAUGAUUAUUAUAUGAUAUUAAAUUAUUUUAAAAUAAAUAAAGAAAUAUAUAUAGAUAGAUAUAUAAAUAAAAAAAAUGAAAUAUUAACAAAUAUACAACAAUAUAGAAAUCGAAUAAAUUAUUAUGGAAAUACAAAUACAAAUUAUUAUAAAGCUCAAAAUUUUGAAAAAUAUUAUUAUUUACCUGAAGAAAUUUCAGAAUCAAAUUGUUUUAUUUUUGCACAAAAUAAAAAUGUUAUUAGAAAUAAUUUUAUAUUAGAAAAAAAUAAUUAUAUUCAUGUAUGUUUAGAUUUAUUAAAUAUAAUAGAUUUAUAUAUGGAAUUUAAAGUAAAUACAUAUAAUCAAACCUUUUAUUUUAUUAAAAAUUUAAUAAUCACAUGUGCAAAUAUAAGCUUUUCGAAAAAUCUAACUAUUAUAUAUAUUAACUCAUUAAUUAGAUUAUGUCUUUUCGAAUUCAGAAUGAAUAACAUUUUUAUCGCUUCUAAUAUUCUUGUUGAAAUUCUUAACAAUUUUGAAAAAAUUAAAUAUUACAAAAAUUUAAUCGGAACUAUUUUUUAUUUAAGUGGGAACUUAUUAUUAUUACAUUUAAAUUAUGACGAAGAAAUAAUAAAUGAUCAUCAUAUUAAAAAUGAGUUAAUAGACAAAUAUAACUAUUAUACAAAUUUAAAAAAAAAUAAUUCUCUUACAAAAAAUAAAGGACAUAAAGAAAAUAGUAACACCAAAAUUAAUUAUGUUUUCUCUGAUACUUUUGUGAACAUGAAUUCAAUAAAAAAUUCUGAUAAAGAUAAAAAAAUAUCAAACACUUCUUUAAUGAUAAGCACAGGAAAAAGUAAUAGUAAUAAUAAUCCCUCUUUGUUAAUACAUAAAGAUGUACACAAAAAAAUUAAUGGCAUUUCUUCACAUAAUAAUAAUUUUGAGGAUAAUCUCGAAAGCUGUAAAUUAGCAUCUGAUGAUGAUAUAAUGAGUAUUGAAAAAAAAAAAAAUUCCAAUUUCACAAAAAAAAAAUAUACAAAAAAAUCAAUUCCAUUAAUAAAAAAUCAAAUAAAAAUAACAGAUUAUUUUUCAAAUUUAAAACAUGAUAAAUCUCCAGAUAUUUCAUCAUAUUCAAAUUCUGAUGUGUCUGAUAAAAAUAUUAACAAAACUAACUUAUAUAAUAAAUAUCUUAAAAAAAGAAAAAUUAAUAACGAAUUAGCUACCCAGAUUAAUUCACAAAAAAAAAUAUUCAAGUCACCUCAAAAUGUAGGAGAAAAUAUUACUUAUGAUUUCUUCGAUGAAUUAAAUAAAAAACAAUUUUUCUUACUUUUAAUUUGUUUUUAUUUUAAACAAUCUUUAAAUUAUUGGCAAACUGAUGGAGAUACUAUAGGAAUUUCUAAUGGCGUUCAACAAAAAAAAAGAAUAAAAGACACAUACUUUUUCCUGAUGUGUUCAUAUAAAUUUUUUUAUAAAUCUUCUCUUUUCCUAUCUAAGCAAGCCAAUAUACAAAGUUAUAAAUUUCCGUUUUUUAAUUAUGAGCUCUUUAAAAUUUAUUAUAAAUUUUAUACUUAUUACAAACGAAUAUUUAUUAAGUGUACUAAUGAAAAUAUUGUCAAUAUCUUAUAA